AUGUCCUUCAAGCUCCUGAUCGCCGCCCUCCCAGCCCUGGCAAUUGCCUGCACCGGGCCCGCAAUCAACUCCAAUGGCCUCGAUCUGAUCAAGAGCUUCGAGUCCUUCCAGCCCAACGUGUAUGAUGACGGCUUCGGCAAUCCCACUCUCGGCUACGGUCAUCUCUGCGGCGAUUCUACUUGCUCAGAAGUCUCCUUCUCACAGCCAUUGACCGAGGAGACAGCCAGUCAAUUGCUUGCCAAUGACCUGGUGAGCUACCAAGAUGGCGUGAAUAAUGCCCUUGCCGCCACUGUCACCCUGAACGACAACCAGUACGCGGCCCUGGUAUCGUGGACUUUCAACGUCGGCAACGGCAACAUGCAAUCAUCUAGUCUGAUUAGCCGCAUGAAUGCCGGCGAGGAUGUGGGUACUGUGGCGUUUGAGGAGCUGCCGAAGUGGAACAAGGCCAAUGGUGGCGUCGUUGCUGGACUGACCCGCCGCCGGGCCGAGGAGGUGGCACUCUUUGGUGAGGCCUCUUCCACUGGGGCUUUGCCAGUUGAUUGUUAA